AUGUUCAUCAUGGUGAUUGUCUUGGCUAUAUUGGCCAUCAUUCUUGUAUUCGAGUGCGUAAUUGGCUUGGUGAGGAUUAACAGGGCGAAGAAGAAAAUUGCCGCAGCGGCUGCUUCUGUAGAAGAGGAAGCAACAACUGAAGGUAAGUAG